AUGUCAGAAAUCGUCAACAACCCCUCUGUGUUGGCUGCAGAGUUGCUAGUGCCAAAAACGUUCCUCCUAAGACCAUAUGUCUGGCCGUUCACCAUCAUCUACCCUAUCUUUGCCGAGGUGUACAUCAAUAGGUACGAUAAGUACAUUGGCGGAUCGGAAUGGACCUUCGUGUAUCUCAUGGCCAUCAUCUCGUUCAACUUGUUGUUCUGGUUGAUGCCCCACUGGAACCUCAACGUCGAUGCCAGCUUCAACUACUCCCCUGUCAAGACCAUUGCUGAAGCCUCCCACAUCAAGAUCACUCCUGCCCCCAACUGCGGCGUGGGCUCCAUUUGCAAAAUCAACCGUGAAACCUUCCAUGACGGCGAAAAGCAAGUCAGCUUCUUGUACCAAAAGAGAAGACACUUGUUCCACACUGACUCCCAGAAAUUCUCCCCUCCUGAAUUCUUCUUUGAUUCGAACCCGCCUCUCAGCACCUUCCAGAACUCCAAGGGGUUGUCCGGCGACUUGGAAAAGGACAUCAGAAACUACGGUGCCAACAAGUUUGACAUUCCAAUUCCUACCUUCUUGGAAUUGUUCAAGGAGCAUGCUGUUGCGCCCUUCUUUGUUUUCCAGCUUUUCUCGGUGGCUCUUUGGUGCAUGGAUGAGCAAUGGUACUACUCGUUGUUCUCCCUUUUCUCCACUGUUUCCUUCGAAAUGAUGACCGUGUUCCAAAGAAGAACCACUAUGUCCGAGUUCCAAAGCAUGGGUAUCAAACCAUACCCAAUCUAUGUUCACAGAGAUGGUAAGUGGAAGCAAUUGCAAACCACCGAGUUGUUACCAGGUGAUUUGGUUUCCAUUACCAGAACUCAAGAAGAGUUCGCUCUUCCAUGUGACUUGCUUUUGGUGGACGGUUCUGCUAUUGUAAACGAAGCUAUGUUGUCGGGUGAAUCUACUCCUUUGCUUAAAGAAUCGAUCAAGUUGAGACCUGGUCACGAAGAAUUACAAGCUGAAGGUAUGGACAAGAACUCUAUCUUGCACGGUGGUACUAUGGCUUUACAAGUUACUAAGCCAGAAAACCCAAUUAUCCCACUUGCUCCAGACAACGGUGCCUUUGCUAUCGUCUCUAAGACUGGUUUCGAAACUUCCCAGGGUUCUUUGGUCCGUAUGAUGAUCUUCUCCAGUGAGAGAGUUGAAGUUGGUAACAAGGAAGCUUUCUUCUUCAUUUUAUUCUUGUUGGUUUUCGCCAUUGCUGCCUCCUGGUACGUCUGGGUUGAAGGUACCAAGAUGGGAAGAAUCCAAUCUAAGUUAAUCUUGGAUUGUAUCAUUGUUAUUACUUCUGUUGUUCCACCUGAAUUGCCAAUGGAGUUGACCAUGGCCGUCAACGCCUCUAUUUCUUCCUUGCAAAAGUACUUCAUUUUCUGUACUGAACCAUUUAGAAUCCCAUUGGCAGGUAGAAUUGAUGUCUGUUGUUUCGAUAAGACUGGUACUUUGACUGCUGAGGAUUUGGUUUUUGAAGGUUUGGCUGGUUUCAAGAAUGAUGACAUCCACCAUUUGUUCAAAUGUGAAGAAGCUCCUCAAACCACUUCUUAUGUUUUGGGAUCUGCACAUGCUUUAGUCAAGUUGGAUGAUGGUGAAAUUGUUGGUGAUCCAAUGGAACAAGCUACUUUGAAGGCUGCCAAGUGGAACGUUGGUUCUAAGGACAUUGUUGAAAGAGAAAUUUGUAAGGGCAAGAGUGAAAAGAUUAAGAUUUUACGUCGUUUUCAAUUCUCUUCUGCCUUAAAGAGGUCCUCUGCUAUUUCCUCUAUCAGCACCUUGCCUGGCAAAAACUUUGUCGCUGCCAAAGGUGCACCAGAAACCAUCCGUACCAUGAUUGUUGAUGCUCCAGAAAACUACGAAGAAAUUUACAAGUCGUUCACUAGAGCUGGUUCCCGUGUUUUAGCAUUGGCCUACAAGUACUUGGAUUCCAAUGUUAACGUUACCAAGGUUAAGAGAGAAGAAAUCGAAUCCAAAUUACACUUUGCUGGUUUUAUUGUUUUCCACUGUCCUUUGAAGCCUGAUGCCAUUGAAACUAUCAAGAUGUUGAAUGAGUCUUCCCACCGUUCGGUCAUGAUUACUGGUGACAAUCCAUUGACUGCUUGUCACGUUGCUAAGGAAGUUGUUAUUACUACCAAGGACGUUUUAAUUUUGGAUGCCCCUGAAGAUCACCAUGAAGUCACUGAAGAAGAAAACUUAGUCUGGAGAAAUGUUGAUGAAUCUGUCAUCAUUCCAUUCAAAUCUUCUGACAGAAUCAACUCUGAGUUAUUCAAGAAAUUCGACGUUUGUAUCACUGGUUAUGCUUUGAACUACUUAAGUGAACAUGACCAAAUCUUGGAAUUAUUGAAGCACACUUGGGUUUACGCAAGAGUCUCUCCUUCCCAAAAGGAAUUCAUCUUGACAUCCUUGAAGGAAGCUGGUUACAAUACUUUGAUGUGUGGUGAUGGUACUAACGAUGUUGGUGCUUUGAAGCAAGCCCAUAUUGGUGUCGCUUUAUUGAAUGGUACUGAAGAAGGUAUGAAGAAGAUUGCUGAGAACAAAAAGAUUGAAAUCCAACAAAAGGUUUAUGAAAAACAAGUUCAACUCUUUAUCAAUUGGAACAGACCACCCCCACCAGUGCCUGAAGUUAUUGCUCAUCUUUAUCCACCAGGACCCUCUAAUCCAAAGUACUUAGAAGCAAUGGAAAAGAAGGGUAUUGAGAUCACUAAGGAAAUGAGAGACGCUGUUGUUGCUGCCAACCGUGCUGGAGGUAUCUCCAGUGACACCAAGAACAAUGCGCAAGCACAAAUUGCAGACACAUUUUUGAGUGCUUUGAACGAGGCCGAAGGUGAAGAUGAAGCUCCAGUUUUGAAGUUAGGUGAUGCCUCUGUUGCUGCUCCAUUUACCUCCAAGUUGGCAAGUGUUGCUACUGUGACUCACAUUAUCCGUCAAGGUCGUUGUGCAUUAGUCUCUACCAUUCAAAUGUACAAGAUUUUGGCCUUGAACUGUUUGAUUUCUGCUUAUUCUCUUUCUGUCUUGUACCUCGCCGGUAUCAAGUUUGGUGAUGGACAAGCUACUGUUUCUGGACUUUUGUUGUCUGUCUGUUUCUUGUCCAUUUCGCGUGGUAAGCCUGUUGAAAAGUUGUCCAAGGAAAGACCACAAGAUGGAAUUUUCAAUAAGUACAUUAUGGGAUCUAUCUUGGGACAAUUUGCUGUUCAUAUUAUCACUUUGAUCUACAUCACCCGUGAAAUCUACAUCUUGGAACCAAGAGAAGCUCAAGUUGACUUGGAAAAGACUUUUGAACCAUCCUUAUUGAAUACUGGUAUGUUUUUGUUACAGUUGGCGCAACAAGUCUCUACUUUUGCCGUCAAUUACCAAGGUUUACCAUUCAGAGAAAGCAUCAGAGACAACAAGGGUAUGUUCUACGGUUUGAUUGGUGUUGCCGGUUUGGCCCUCGCUGGAUCCACUGAAUUCAUGCCUGAAUUGAAUGAAGCAAUGAAGUUUGUUCCAAUGGACGUCACCUUCAAGACCAAAUUAACUGGUUGUAUUUUGGCCGACUUGGGUGUUACUUGGGCUAUUGAAUUGACCUUGAAGCAUUUCUUCAUGAACUCAGCCCCAGCUGAUAUUGCUUUGAGAGACGAUUAA